GAGAAAGAGAGAGAGAGCAGGAAACAGUGUGUAUACUAGUCAAAACAGAAGGAGAACUAAAUAAGCAGGAGAAUAUGAAGAAAAGGAGAGAGACACCCUUGCACAAACAGCAGUCCACUCCCGCCCUGGGAAAGGACAUGUCGCGACAGUUCCAGAGGAUGUCCUUCAAAGAGGUGGAUGAGUCCGUGCGGCUCAUGGCUGAGAAGGUUUACGCCUCUGCACUGAAGGAGGAGAACACCAAAGAUGUCAUGUCCAUGUUCACAGUGCCUGAAGACUGCCCUAUUGGCCUGAACCAGGCUAAGGAAAGGGAGCUGCUGAAAGAGAUUGCAGAACAGCACUCUGAGCAGAGUGCAAAGAGGAAGAAGAAUUUCAAGCUCAUCCGUUCUCAGUCCCUGUCCCUCCAGAUCCCUGGAGUUGCAGACUGGGCCUUAUCUGCGAUGUCUCCUCUGUUUUCUCCUGUCACUCCUACUCCGCCUGUCACGGACAAUGUCCCAGAAUUCCAGAGAGUCACCAUCAGUGGAGAUUACUGUGCAGGGAUCACAGUUGAGGACUAUGAACUGGCAGCCAAAAGUCUGCUGAAAGCAUUGUUCAUUCGUGAGAAAUACUCCCGGUUAGCUUACCAUCGUUUUCCUAGAACAGCUGCCAAGUUUUUAAGGAAUGCCAAUAAUGAGAAAUGGAACGAGGAAGAAGAGGUACUUCCAGACAUGUGCCCAUGCCCAAGUGAUGGUCAGGACCCAUACAGCAUGGAGGACAUCCCACAGAACCUGGACUACAUUCUGAAGAUGAAGGACGGUAUUAUAUGUGUGUAUGAUAACGAUGAGGCCUUGAAGCAGGAGCAGCCUCACAGCCUGCCGUACCCAGACCUGGAAACCUUUGCCAUUGACCUGAGCCAUGUACUCGCUAUGAUUGCUGACGGACCAACGAAGACCUACUGUCACAGACGUCUCAACUUCCUUGCAUCCAAGUUUUACCUUCACGAAAUGCUUAACGAGAUGGCAGAGCUCAAGGAACUGAAGAGUGUGCCACACAGAGACUUCUACAACGUCAGAAAGGUGGAUACCCACAUCCAUGCUGCUGCUUGCAUGAACCAGAAACAUCUGCUCAAAUUCAUCCAGACCACAUAUAAAACGGAGGCGGAACGGGAGGUGCUGGAGAAGGGUGGGAAGAAGAUCACCUUAAAACAGCUGUUUGAAAAGCUUGCCAUGGAUCCCUAUGAUCUGACAGUGGACUCCCUGGAUGUACACGCUGGCAGGCAAACCUUUCACCGAUUUGACAAAUUCAACUCCAAAUACAACCCAGUGGGAGCAAGUGAGCUUAGAGAGAUCUACUUGAAAACAGACAACUAUAUAGAUGGAGAAUAUUUUGCACGACUCAUAAAGGAAGUAGCCCAUGAGUUGGAGGAGAGCAAGUACCAAUAUGCUGAGCCCCGCCUUUCAAUCUAUGGCCGGUCUCCUGAAGAAUGGGACAACCUCUCAAAAUGGUUCAUCAAGCACAAGAUGCACUCCCCCAAUAUGCGUUGGAUGAUCCAGGUCCCCAGGAUCUACGAUAUCUUCAGAUCAAAGAAGAUCAUUCCUAACUUUGCCAAGAUGCUGGAGAACAUCUUUCUCCCUCUUUUCGAGGCCACAGUGAACCCUCAGAAACACAAGGAGUUGUAUAUCUUCCUAAAAUAUGUGACAGGAUUCGACAGUGUGGAUGAUGAGUCCAAACACAGUGAUCACAUGUUCUCCUAUAAGAGCCCUAAACCUGAAGAGUGGACCACGGAGGAUAAUCCACCCUACACCUACUACCUCUUCCACAUGUAUGCUAACAUCAUGGUUCUCAAUAAUUUGCGCAAAGAGCGUGGCCUUAACACCUUUCAGUUCCGCCCCCACUGUGGUGAAGCGGGAUCAAUCACCCACCUGGUAUCGGCAUUCCUGACUGCAGACAACAUCUCCCAUGGCCUCAAUCUGAAGAAGAGUCCCGUACUGCAGUACCUCUACUACCUGGCCCAGGUGCCCAUAGCCAUGUCACCCCUCAGUAACAACAGUCUGUUCCUGGAGUACUCCAAGAACCCACUGCGAGAGUUCCUUCACAAGGGUCUCUGUGUGUCUCUGUCCACAGACGACCCCAUGCAGUUCCACUACACCAAGGAAGCACUGAUGGAGGAAUAUGCCAUCGCAGCACAACUGUGGAAGUUGAGCACAUGUGACGUGUGUGAGAUUGCCAGGAACAGUGUGUUACAGAGUGGACUGUCUCACCAGGAGAAGAAACAUUUCCUUGGUGAGAACUAUCUUCAGGACGGACCAGAGGGGAACGAUAUCCGACGAACCAACGUGGCCCAGAUCCGUAUGGCCUACAGGCACGAGACCUUGUGCAACGAACUCAGCUUCCUGGUGGAUGCAGUGAAGUCUGACUCAAUGAGUGCAAAAGCAGAGUGACCAGCUAGAUGUGAGCAGGAGUUGCCUUUAUUGACCUGACAGAACUGCACGGAACAGAACAAGCCUCGUCAUGCAUCCUGGUCGUAGAAAGGACACUAUAGCGUGUCGUAGAAACUUGAGCUAGAAGGUGCAUAGCUCUGGAUAAGCCAGGUGUGCGACCCAAAAAAAAUGGCCAAGUUGUUCCAAGACAUAGAGGAUCAGAGGAUCCCCUCAGAAACCACACAGAUGAUGGAUAAAGGGAAAUAGUUUUUUGUAAUGAACCAUUUUUAAAUACUUCUUGCAUGUGCUAAGUAGGUGUGUGCUGUUUCUACUUUCUCAGGAGUCAAUUUCGCAUUGCCUUUGCAUAUUUUUGAUACACAGCCCUUUUUAUCUGGAUGGAUUGUUUGUAUGGGUGGGGUCUAGCAUUAAAGAGACCUAGGGAAGGGAAGCAACACUUGAUACUCGCCCUUGAUAAACUGGUUUGUUUGGGAGAAUGCUGAAGCCCUAACACCAUAUAGGG